UGCUUCGCCGAGCCCCCGCGCCAACUCCCAAUUCGAACGUGGCAAAGCCCGCCGAGCAUCCCGAUAUUGUUUACGUGGACGGGACGGGCUACUACAGACAAUGGAAGAUCAGAUGCUUGCGCGGAAGAAUAUACGGCUGCCCGUACUGCGAAAACUGCAGCAAAUACGACUACGUGAUUUACGAUCACAUAAGGAAGAAGCACGGCAGCAGAGCCUUAACUUUCAAUACGUCGAUGUUGGCAGCGUCUACUCGUAUCCGAAUGACAAUGCUUCCAACGUCGUCGUCAUAAACAACGCCAUUGGCUACAGAUGCUGGAAGUGUCCGCGCGUUUACAAGCGCGAGUACGACAUGAGGAGACACGCCAAUUAUGAAUGCGGGGUGCAAGGCCGACACCGUUGUCCCUAUUGCAACUAUUGCAACCAUCGCUAUACCAAUUUGAAAUGUCACAUAAUGGCCAAGCACAAGAAUGCACAGAUGCCCGAAAAAACCAAGAAGAGAAAGAUCCAUUCGCGAUGAAUAACUAAAUGAUUAUAACUCUUUUUGGAAUUCAAUCGGUAGACAUCAUUAUUUUGGUAGACGCUUCCAGCGUUUCAACAAUUCCAAAAUCUUGUUAACUUUUUUUUUGUCUCUUUUUUUUCUUACUCGAUUUCACGUAUGUUCCAUCGUAAUGACCAUGUAAUGUUUUAACCACGAGCAUAAACUGUUGAUGUAUACAAUUACUGACAUAUCUCGCCUACGACUACUUUCGACACCUCC